AUGACUUUGGAAGGAGAACCCAGAUUCCGACGCAAGAUGAGAUACUUCGGAUUGGCAACGCCGCCGGGAGAGCAAGACGAUGAGCCAGCACGAGUUGGGCAAGGAACCCCUGGUGGUGUCGCCGUUCUCAGGCCCGGAUCCUCCGUGCACCGGUUCGGAGUGCUUGGAUCAGACGCAGCCGAUGACCCGACGACGACCAUCCCCGAGCACGUCGGGCUCGGUUAA